CAACAAAACAGAUAAAGCAAUACAGAAUUAACAAAAUUCAGUUAAAAACUAGACCCAGAUAAAAUCAGAUUUACAGAUUAAAAACUUACUGGAACAAAGAAUUUUUAAAAACCUAUAAAGCCUUUUAAAAAGAUGGGUUUUUCUGCCUCAUUUUCUCUAUGGAUUUUCAAAAUAACGGCUCAAAGACUACAGGGAGUCUGGGAGGAAGAAAUGGGUGGGAGGAGCCCCUUCCUUGGCCGAUGAGCUUUCUUGGAGCCGCACUAAGACCCUGCGGGAUCCGUCUGAGCCUGCCCCCCCGUCUUCCUUCCCCCUGGCUGCCGGAGACUCCAGAUGGGCCUUCAAGCGGCUGGGCAGCUCUCGAGAACCGAGCAGCCGGCUGCAGCGGGGACGGCAUGGAGCAGAAAAGCCGGGGGCUCCUGCUGGGCUGCCUGCUGCUGCUGGUGGCUGCCUCUGCGCCUCCAGCCGGGGCGCAAUAUGAGAAGUACAGCUUCCGCGGCUUCCCAGAAGCCGAGCUGAUGCCUCUCCAGAGCGCCUACUCCUACGCGUUGGAGCAGUACGAAGGAGAGAGCUGGAAGGAGAGCGUCCGCUACCUGGAGGCGAGCCUGCGCCUCCAUCGCUUGCUCAAGGACAGCGAGGCGCAGUGCCACAAGGAGUGCGCGGGGACCGAAAAGUUUGGAGAGGGCGCUCCUGCGCCUGGAGAGCCUGCAGAGGGCGCACGGUGGAGCCUGGCGCUUGGGGACCUUGGGAAAGGCUCAGCCCUCGCCGAGCCCGGACAGAGCGCAAAGGCGGGAGAGCCUGCAGGGGGCGCGCCAGAUGAGUGGCUCCGAGAAAUGCAACUCUUUGGGCUCGUCCUCCAGCGCGCCUCCUGUCUGCGAAGGUGUAAGCGCAGCCUGCCUGUCUUCAAGCUCACCUACCCGCCGCCUGAGACCCUGCGGGACUUUCAGCGCCGCAUGCCUUACCAAUACCUGCACUACGCACUCUUCAAGACCAAUAAGAUUGAGAAAGCUGUGUCAGCAGCUCACACCUUCCUGCAGAAGAAUCCCAAGCAUGAGAUGACCCAAAGGUACCUGAAUUAUUACAAAACUAUGGUGGACGUGGACGAGUAUCUCGUAGACUUGGAAGCACAGCCAUAUGAGAUGGUCUUUGUCCGAGCAGUUAAACUCUAUAACAGUGGGGAUUUCCGGAGCAGCAUCGCCGACAUGGAGCCUGCACUGGCUGAGUACUUCAAAGCCUAUGAGAACUGCUUAUCUGGCUGUGAAGGGAGUUAUGAGCUCCAUGAACGUAAGGAUUUCUACCCAGCCGUUGCAGAUCACUUUGCCAGUGUUCUGCAAUGCAAAGUGGAUUGUGAAGCUGAUCUGACUCCCAAUGUCGGUGGCUACUUUGUGGAGAAGUUUGUGGCCACUAUGUAUCACUACCUUCAGUUUGCAUAUUACAAGUUGAAUGACAUCAAGAAUGCAGUACAGAGCGUGGCCAGCUACAUGCUCUUUGACCCUGGGGAUGAGGUCAUGCAGCAGAACCUGGUCUACUAUCGCUUCUACCGUGAGCGUUGGCACCUGGAAGAAGAUGACUUCAACCCACGGCCGGAGGCCUUGCGCUAUCACAACCAGACAUCCACCCAGAAGAAACUCUUGGAGUUUGCCAUGCAGUAUCUCCAGCCAGAUGACGAGGCGGAGGUUGGUGACGGUGAGGAAGCAGAUGGGCCAGCAUUGCCUUCAGAUGCAGAAUUCGAGGGGAUUGGUGACUAUGAAGAAGGAUUUUUGGCCAAGUGGUGGCAGGAGCCACGAUCGAAAGGCGAUAAAGCUGAUGAAGAAAAGCUCCAACCUGCAGGUGAGGAGACAUCCUAAUUUCUUGUACCCACCAGGGUCGAAUUAGGCUGUCUGGAAUUUAUGGAUGCAUCUCUGGCAGUGUUCCAACAAGUAUCCUACCUUGGGAGCCUCAAGGCUGGGGAAGUUCCACCUUCAACAUCUCCUGUGUAGAACUUUUAAUUCCACCCUGAGCACAGAUGCCUCUGAGCCAAUCUAAGGUGCUGUUCGUUUGUCCCAUGGUGCUUCACUUCCAGAAGAGCCCUGUGAGCAGGCUGGGACACAGACUUCCAUGGAAAGGCAUGGGAGACUAGCAGCUGCACCUGCUUCUGGUUUUACCCUUGGCUCUGCCAGUGUGACCUCAAAUUGGUUGGAAACCAGUGACCUUGGAUUUCCAAACUAGCAUACACAGAAGGUGGUGAUCUAUGCAACUGUUUGUUUGUUCGUAGUCUUGCUGAUUCUCCAUGGGACCAAAUGUAAGCCAUUGACCUCCCCCACCCACCCCCAAGCCUUCCUUUUAAGAACCAGAAUCCCAGCAUGCAUUGCUGUGAUACUGACUAUUUGCAUUGUGUGCCAGACCUCAGUUAGGCAUAGACUUCUUCCUGACCUGGUUCUUGAACAAAGUAAUAGGUACGUUCAGAUUGGCUUGACAUGUGCCUUUUUAAACCUCAUAGUGCUGCCUUUGUAAUGUUUCAGUUAAUUUAAUUUGUUUUUGCUUUGUACAGAUUUUUUAAAAUUUUUAAGCUGAAUUUUAAUAAAAUACCUCCCGAUUCUUU